CUACGCUUUCCUGGAAGUCGGCUGCCGGAUCAGAAAGGAGGUGGCCGAAGUUCGUUGUCGUCUCGGACGGUUUCUGAGCCUUCGUGUCCCUCACCUGCCACCUCUGUCCUUUGGCUCCCACGAUGCCGAUGUACCAGGUAAAGCCCUAUCACGAGGGCAGCGGAUCUCUCCGCGUAGAGCUUCCCACCUGCAUGUACCGGCUCCCCAACGUGCACGGCAGGACCGGCAGCCCCGCGCGGGACUCAGGCCACGUGCAGGAAGAGUCCGACCCAUCUCUUCGAGCCCUCGAGUCCCGCCAAGAUGAUAUUUUAAAACGUCUGUAUGAGUUGAAAGCUGCAGUCGAUGGCCUCUCGAAGAUGAUUCAGACACCAGAUGCAGACGUGGAUGUAACCAACAUAAUCCAAGCGGAUGAACCCGCUUUCUCGACCAGCGCGUUGGACUUAAACUCGGUGCUUGGAAAGGAUUAUGGGGCGCUGAAAGACAUCGUGAUCAACGCAAACCCUGCCUCCCCUCCCCUCUCCCUGCUCGUGCUGCACAGGCUGCUGUGUGACCACUACAGGGUUCUUUCCACCGUUCACACGCACUCUGCGGUCAAGAGCGUGCCAGAAAAUCUCCUCAGGUGCUUUGGCGACCAGACCAAGAAACAGCCCCGUCACGAGUAUCAGCUGGGUUUUACUCUAAUUUGGAAGAAUGUGCCGAAGACUCAGAUGAAGUUCAGCGUCCAAACAAUGUGUCCCAUCGAAGGAGAAGGGAACAUUGCCCGGUUUUUGUUCUCUCUGUUUGGCCAGAAGCAGAAUGCUGUGAAUUUAACCCUCAUAGAUAGCUGGGUAGAUAUAGCGAUUUUUCAGCUAAAAGAGGGAAGCAGUAAAGAAAAAGCCGCUGUGUUCCGUUCCAUGAACUCCGCUCUUGGGAAGAGCCCCUGGCUGGUCGGGAACGAACUCACUGUGGCAGAUGUCGUGCUGUGGUCUGUGCUCCAGCAGACGGGAGGCUGCGGCGGGAUGGUGCCAGCCAACGUGCAGAAGUGGAUGAGGGCGUGUGAAAACCUGGCCCCUUUCAACACUGCGCUCCGGCUCCUUCAGUGAAUUUCAGUGACUAAAAGGCUAACUUCAUGAGUGGUACUGCUUCAGGCCUGUGGGGGUGAAGGACUUGGGCUAAGAUCAAAGUCUACUUAGGCCAGCUGUCUAGAAUCAAUAAAGGCAUCAUAUAACUUG